AAGCCUACUGGUUCUGCUGAGGAAAUCCUUCUUUGAGAUGGCACCUCGGGCCCUGGUACUCCUCCUGCCCUUGGUGCUCACCCUUCUGAGCCCGGUGCCAGCGCCGACUCUGGGCGGAUGCCCAUCGGCUUGCCGGUGCCAUUUAACCAUGGUGCAGUGCCUGGAACCUAACGGCAUAACCAGCAUCCCACCGCUGGCUUCACAGGAGAGCGAGAAUGUGACAGAGAUUUACAUAGAAAACCAAGCCAACCUGGAGAAUAUAACAGAGGUUGACCUUACCUUCUACAGAGAGCUAAAAAACCUCACGGUCACAUUUUGCAGGCUGAGCUUCAUCUCUGCCUACGCCUUCCAGAACAACCCCAAGCUUCAGUAUGUAAACUUGGCAUCAAACUCUCUGGAGCACAUCGGCUGGAGGGUGUUUCAUUUUCUACCUCUGCUUAACCUCGUUUUGAGAGACAACCCUCUCGUUUGCUCGUGCGAGCUCUUCUGGCUGCAGCAGUGGCAGUUUGACGAACGCGGCGACCUCGAGAACCAAAUGCUGUUAUGUUCGUCCAACAGCGAGAAAAUACCCCUCAGCAGUUUGGUGUUAGAUAAUUGCAGUCUGCCUGAGGUGAAUAUUAUCUCCUCACAGGAUAAGAUUCUGGAAGGAGGCAACCUCACAUUCGCGUGUCAGGUGACAGGAAGUCCCACUCCCAGCGUGAGAUGGCAAACUGAAGCCCUCGACUCUCACUUCUUUACCGAGAAGAGAAUCUGGGGCUCUACACUGGAGCUGGUCCUUUACCUCACCAACGUUUCCUCCAAGGACAACCUACACAACCUGACUUGUGAGGCCGAGAACCAAGCUGGGCCAGGGGAGAGGAUGGUGCAAUUGGACAUUGAGUUCCCAGUCAGAAUAAUCUUCCUGAAAGAUGCCGUGCCGCAGCACCACUGGUGUUUUCCCUUUGCUGUGGAUGGCAACCCUGAGCCAAACAUCACCUGGCUGUACAAUGGCAAAAAAUUGGAUGAGACCAUCUACAUCUACACGCACCCCAUCGUGGAUUCGGGCGAUGGAUCGGUGAAGCACGGUUGCCUCUUCCUUGACAAGCCGACCCACAUCAACAAUGGCAACUACACCCUGAUCGCGGAGAACAAGCUGGGAAGAGAUGAGGCCACCGCUGUUGGGAAGUUUAUGGAAAACCCCUUUGACAAUCCAGAGGGGAUAAUUCCGGUCUUCUCGGAUCAGAGUCCUACAAACAAGUCAGACAUGGAUGUCACAGACAACCCGGAGAGUCAAAUGUAUUUGGUGUAUGUGGCCGCGGGUCUCGGCGUGCUUGCUUGCAGUCUUCUGCUCAUCAUGGUUUUGGUCAUCUACAGAUGUGGCCAGCACUCCAAGUUUGGUAUUCACCGAUCAUCAGUUCUGGGUAAAGAGGACGACCUGGCCGUGUCACUGCGCUUCAUGAACUUUGGCAGCAGCCCGCCUUCCUCAGAUGAAGACUCUGGUUUGUCCAGCUUCGUAGAGAAUCCGCAGUACUUCUGCAGCAUCAUCAAAGACAAAGACAUGUGUGUGCAGCAUAUUAAAAGGCAGGAUAUUGUUUUGAAGUGGGAGCUGGGUGAAGGAGCGUUUGGCAAAGUCUACCUGGCAGAGUGUGCGAACCUUAGCCCCGACAAUGACAGGAUGCUCGUAGCCAUCAAGACUCUGAAGGAUGCAAACGAGUCCACCCGGCAGGACUUCCAGCGGGAGGCGGAGCUGCUGACGGUGCUUCAGCACCAGCACAUCGUGCGGUUCUACGGUGUCUGCACAGACGGCGAGCCGCUGGCCAUGGUGUUCGAAUACAUGAGGCACGGAGACCUGAACCGCUUUCUUCGAGCUCACGGCCCUGAUGCUCACAUCCUGGAGGAGUCCAAGAUGCCCCCGCUGGGAGAGCUCACUUUGCCUCAGAUGCUGCACAUUGCAGCCCAGAUCGCCUCAGGCAUGGUCUACCUGGCGUCGCUGCACUUCGUCCACCGUGACCUGGCAACUCGCAACUGCCUGGUCGGGGAGGGUCUGGUGGUCAAAAUCGGAGACUUCGGCAUGUCCCGAGACAUCUACAGCACAGAUUACUAUCGGGUGGGCGGACGUACAAUGCUGCCAAUCCGCUGGAUGCCCCCCGAGAGCAUCAUGUACAGGAAGUUCACCACGGAGAGUGACAUCUGGAGCUUUGGCGUGGUCCUCUGGGAGAUCUUCACGUAUGGGAAACAGCCGUGGUAUCAGCUGUCCAACAGUGAGGCCAUUGAAUGCAUCACGCAGGGACGGGAACUGGAGAGACCACGCACCUGCCCGAAGGAGGUCUACCUGCUGAUGCAGGGCUGCUGGCAGAGAGAGCCCCAGCAGAGGAUGGUCAUGAAGGACAUCCACAGCCGCCUGCUGACCCUGGUCAAGAACCCCCCGGUUUACCUGGAUAUCCUGGGCUAGGGGGGCCGACCAGGGAGCAGAGCAGAGGCUGGGGAGGUGGGGUUUCUGGUUUGAGAUUUAAAACUUUACUCUGUUACUCUAAUAAGACCUAAUUACUCCAACAAGUUCUCUUUGGUUUCAGCUUAAAUUCAGCCUUUUCUUCCGUGGAUUAAAAAACAGUUAUGCACGAAUGAAUUCAUUUUCCAGCUGUGAUGCUUCACGGGCGGUAAAGUCUGCUUCGAGCUUCUGCGCUGCAACUUUUGCCUCAUUCCAGCUCGACUUUGACCCCCGUUUACCGCCCCGUCCUUUUCCUGGAAACCUGUCAAAUGUUUACCAAAGAGUUUGAUGUUUAUCUGAGCUGGGAUCAGCCUGAUGGAGGCGCGUGCGCGGCGGGUUUGUCAGCUGAUCUGCGGCGCGUUUGUGUUGAAUUAGAAAAAAGUGAAAACUCCUUUUACAGAUUUGAGUACAGCAGAUAGUCAUUUGUACAGUACAGUCACUGAUUUUGGAUACGUUUUGAUAAUAGAGGGUUAUUAAAAAAGAAGCUUUCAUUAAUGUACAUAAUUCGGUCACAGCAGGAGCUCGUUUCUCUCGUGUCAGAUUCAGUGUAUCAUACGAAUAUUUUUCAAAAAGAAGAUGUUAGUGAAAAUGUUUCCUGGUAUAAUAACUACUGUGUUUACAUUUAAUUACUGUCAAAUAUGAACUUCCAAAGAGUGACCUUUGACCUGCGGCCUGCUCACCCAGGAGUGGAUUUUGUACAAUCGUACCCACGUUUAACACGCUGCUGUAACCGCCUUCAGGAUCGGAGCACUGCAGUGAAAUUCGGUAAGGGGAGAAAGAUGGUGGGGAGGCGACACCACCCUGAGAGGCAACAGAUGGGUUAACUGAGACUCCAGGAGGAGGAGGAGGAGGAAGAGGAGGAGGAGGAGGACAGAUGGCACUGAAACUGACACUGGAGGUGAAUCUGCCACCGUAAAAGUUUGAACUGAACCAAAUGGGGCUUUUAGAGGGUGAAAGACGUGUUGUGUAAACCACUGCGAUGCCUUUACUGAAUGUAAAUACUCUGUAUUAAUGUCUAAAAAAUAUAUAUAUCUCCAUGUAUUGUUACU